GAAAUCUUUCGGGCAGUCCAGCCAAACCCGCCAGACACCACCGGGCUCUUGUUCGCUGCCAUCUCAGGCCAUACAGUCACAAUGAUUCAACUAAAGACGAUGCUGAACUGCAUCGACAACUCGGGUGCCGCCGUGGUCGAGUGUGUCCAGGUCUUGAAGAAGAAGCGCCCCGCUACUGUUGGUGACCGCAUCGUGGUGGUCGUUCAGAAGCAACGCAGCUUCGGCUCCGACAGCACAGGAAAUUCCGGUAUCGCAAACAAGGUCCGUCGCGGCGACAUCCGUCACGCCGUCGUCGUCCGGGCAAGGAAGGAGAUGCAGCGCCCCGAUGGUUCGCUUGUCAGAUUCGACGACAACGCAUGUGUCCUGAUCAACAAGGCCGGCGAGCCCAUUGGAACCAGAAUGAACGGCGUCGUGGCUACGGAAUUACGAGGAAGACAAUGGUCGAAGAUUUUGUCGUUGGCACCCAUGCAUGUAUAAAUUAUACCUUUUGAAAGCGUAUCGUUCUUUUCACUCAUAUAGCUUGUAUCAAUAAACUGUUUGC